AUGCCACUUGGACGUUCAAAUAAAAACCAAGCAUUACGUACUGCUAAAUCGGAUAGUUCACUUCAUCAACAAGAAUAUGAUCGAAAAACAAAUCAAAAAGUAAUUUAUCGAUGUAUUGUAUGUGCACUUGAUAGAACUUUAGUGAAUAGUAUAGAAGUAAAGGAAAGAAAUAACCUAAGUGAUUUAUUUAUUUCACAUAUGAAGAAACGUACAAGCCAUCAAGUUCGUUUUAUAUGUUUACAAGAUCGAAUUAUUUUUCGAAAGAAAAAUUUUGUUGCUAAAUCAUUAUUUCGUGAUCAUGUAUCAUACAAAGAUAUAGAACAUUUUUUUAUGUGUAAAGAAUACCCAGAUAUGUUUAUGUUAUCAGUGAAAUCUGAAUUUCCAUAUUCAAGUUACUGUGAAACAUAUAAAUGUAAAGAUCCUGAUGAUACUAAACGUUUAUGUGAAAUAAUUUAUAAUGCAUCUAAACAAUCUGAUAACAUGGUACAUGAUAUGCCAUCAGUGGAUUCUCCAUUAAAGGCACAAUCUAUGUCAUACAUUGAUACUCAAAUCAGUUCAGAAGUUACAAAUAAAAAUCUAUUGAAUCGUUCAUUAUCAAAUAGUUUAAACGAUGGUUGGGCUACACCAAAAUUACAUAAUGAAUCACCAAUACAACUAUCUACAGAUUCACCAGUUCGAUCACCAUUACUUUCUUAUCGAUCACCUGUUCAAACGCCAAUGAGUCGUGAAUCUCAAAUUAAACCAUUAGUAGUUACACCAAUUAAUACAGUGAAUACUUCAGCUUACGUAUCUGCUCCAACUGAAAUGACUACAAAUACAACUUAUUUCGAUUAUGAUCCUAUUCAUGGACCACAAAUUAAUGAAGUUGGACCAAUUUAUAUGUUUAUGGUUAGACAUCCAUCACAACCUGACAUGACACAUUUAAUACAUGAAUCAUAAUCAGUAACUAUAUGCAACACACAAAAAAAAUACGAAAAGGAGAGUUUUUUUUUCGAUACAAAAAAUGGAACAAGAUUAAUUUUGUUUACC